AUGGCCGAUAACGGCACCACCGUUUCAAUGAUGUACGGCGAGACGCCUCUCAAGCCGAACCAUACCUUCUCCGCACCUCAAGGCAGCAGCAUGGAACAGAACCAGGCACAGCAGAGACUGUCCUACGGUCUCGACCGAUUCCUCGCAGAAUCGCCAGCCGACGGGAACAUCUUCGCUGCGAUGAUGUUUGGAGGCACGGCCUCUGCUCCUUCGACAAGUAGCGGUACUUCCGCCUAG